CUUUAAAAUGUGUGGGAUGGAAACACUAUGCUUAUGCAUAGUGUUAUGAGUCUUAUAUCCUUGAUUUUCACUAUUCAUAAGGAAUUUUCCCUACAUCCCUUCCCUUUGUUUGCUCUAUGCUAUUUGCUAAGCCACCCAAGGUUCAAACCUUGAUUCAAGCAUUUUCCCAAAUUCCUUUUCCUUUCUUUAUUUUUCCUUCUUUAUUUCCUGCUUUCUUAAUUUACUGGCGGUUCUCUUUUCUUUCUGUUUCUUCCUUCCAUUUUUCUCUCCUCUGUUUCCCCUUUUGCCUCACCUUCUCCGCCUGUGUCUCCUUCUUCGCUUUGCUCCCUUUGAUCCAGCUUGUUGCUUCUUCGCAGUUCGUCUUAUCUUGUGCGGCGGCGCUAUUCUUCUACGACGAUCGGAACUCUUCCAGCCUGUGGGAAGCAUUGAAUUCAUUACCUGACGCAAUUGAAUUGGUUAGUUAGGCAAACCUUCAUUCCUAGAUGAUCAUUCGAUUGGUAAAUAGUUCAUUGCUUCCCACAUGCUUGAAAUCUUUCCGCCUUUGGUUACUGGUUAGGAUGGUGGUUUGAUUAACAACUUGAUAGGUUGUUAACAGGCAGGACAGGUGUUGCAAGCAUCAUUGCUCGGUUUGGUUCCGAGUGUUUCCGGCUAUCCUUGCUUUGCCUCUUGAGUGCGUUAGGGAACUGAACAUUUGGAAAUAGGUAGCGUGCCAACUUAUGUGAUGAAUCAAUUCUUGAGUAGUUCGUAUGUAAGCCGUCCAAGAUGCAGCAAGCGCAUGAGGAGUGUGCAGGCCAUGGCUGAGCCUACAGGUUCAUGCAGUUGUUGCUCCUUUUUGUGCCUUUUGGUUUGUGCUGCAAAUAUGCCCGUGAAAAACAGCCCACCUGUGUAGAAAAUCAUGCAAGCACAUGCAUUCUAAUGUCAUCUGCAGGUUCCUGUUGCAGAGGAAAUGAUAAAUAAGAUCAAGAAAUUUUUGGUGUUCAUAUAUGCCAAGUGAGGGCUCUGAUAGCUCAUACAACCUCAUAUUAUUCUUUCUGUAUGAGCGAGGUUCAUGACGUAUCCCCUCAUUUUGCCCACAGUUCCAAUGGUGUAUGCAUAAUUUAGUGCGAUCAAGUUGUUUUCCUUCCCUCUAUAUAUGAAGAUGUAGCACCCUCUAUUCAGUCCCAAUCUUUUACAACCUAAGCAGAAUUUUACAGCUUCCUCUCCACAAUCAGAAUCUGCAGUUUGUCAGAAAUGAAGCCUGAACGCGUGUAUCUGGAUCAGCUAACCGAAAAAAGCAAGGGCUACAAGGUUAAGGUCAAGGUCGUAGAGAAAGGACCGGAAAGGAACUCUCCUUCAAAGGGAAUCCUAUUCCAAGGACUUGUGAUGGAAGAUGACAAGGGAAAUCGAAUGCGUGCUGCACUUUUUGGAAAUCAAAUUGAUGUCUACAAGGAAGCUAUUGAACACUUAGGGAGUUAUGAGAUAGCUAAUGCUACGAUUAAAGCCAGCGAUGAAUAUUGGAAAGCCAAAGACGCGAAAUACGGUCUGCUUGGAUACCAGAUGAGCUUUGGCUCACAGGCGGUAAUCCAACGAAUGAAUGCUGAGUCAGGGCCAGUAUUACCGGAAUACCAAUGCCUAGCCACCAUCCCAAGAGUGUAUGAUCCAACUGACAGAUUUGAUAUUGUUGCUGUUGUUCUAUACCUCGAAGAAGAAGCACGGAAAGUCACUGGAUUUGAACAACGCGAAUACUUAGUUCGUGAAAUUGUGGUGACAGACCAUAGCAAUGAGCAGCCAAUCACAAUUACUGUUUGGAACGAGCUGACUGGAGAACAUUGCAAACCGCUCUCCUCAUGGGCAGAACAGUUCACUGUUUUUGGAUUCACGGCUUUGAGAGGCAGCUUUCAUAAAGGAUUUUCCCUUGGUUCCACCAUGUCUACUAGAAUCAUUACUGAUCCAAAAGGAGAAAGAGCAGACGCAUUGAGGGAAUGGGUCAAAAAUCGCACCGACUGGCUGAGUGACAGGCAAGCAAGGGUAUUGGAUGUCAGGAACCCUACGAAAGAGAAGGUGAUCAUCACACUGGACUCCCUAAAGCUAAAAAGGGUAUAA